AUGCAGAUUUUCGUGAAGACCCUGACCGGCAAGACCAUCACCCUCGAGGUGGAGUCUUCGGACACCAUUGAGAACGUCAAGACCAAGAUCCAGGACAAGGAGGGCAUCCCCCCUGACCAGCAGCGCCUCAUCUUCGCUGGCAAGCAGCUCGAGGACGGCCGCACCCUCUCGGACUACAACAUCCAGAAGGAGUCGACCCUCCACCUCGUCCUCCGCCUUCGCGGUGGCAUGCAGAUCUUCGUCAAGACCCUCACCGGCAAGACCAUCACCCUUGAGGUCGAGUCGUCGGACACCAUCGAGAACGUCAAGACCAAGAUCCAGGACAAGGAGGGCAUCCCGCCUGACCAGCAGCGUCUGAUCUUCGCUGGUAAGCAGCUCGAGGACGGCCGCACCCUCUCGGACUACAACAUCCAGAAGGAGUCGACCCUCCACCUUGUCCUCCGCCUCCGCGGUGGCAUGCAGAUCUUCGUCAAGACCCUCACCGGCAAGACCAUCACCCUUGAGGUCGAGUCGUCGGACACCAUCGAGAACGUCAAGACCAAGAUCCAGGACAAGGAGGGCAUCCCCCCUGACCAGCAGCGUCUGAUCUUCGCUGGCAAGCAGCUCGAGGACGGCCGCACCCUCUCGGACUACAACAUCCAGAAGGAGUCGACCCUUCACCUCGUGCUCCUCCACUCUGCCACUGACACGCUGUGUUCAUGGUGCGGAUCGUACUCGGCCGGUGAGUGUGUGGCGGCCAAUGCGCUCUGCCCGCGGUCCAAGGAAGCGCUGACACGUAGCGGUGGCACGUGUCCGCCGUCGCCGCUCACGAUUGUCCUCCCGAUUGUGAUCCUCUACUCAGUUCUCACCAUCGCCAUCCUCAUCCAGCACGCGUGGGAGGUCAAGUUCAAGCGCGAGCCGGUGGGCGAUGGCCCGUUGCACAACUUUGAUCACAUGGGCACCCGUGACUCGGCACUUGUCCGCACCAUGGCCGAGUCUGAGGAGAUCGAGUUCGCCGACUACGAAAGCAGGCGUGACUCCAACUCGAGGUUUGUGACGCUGCUGUCACUGGCGUCUGGUGCUGUGCUGAUGGUCAUCAUGUUUCAGGAGCGGAUGGGUCCGACCGCGCUUGUGUUUUCCGUCUCUUUCCUUGGCUUCCUCUCGUUCUCACUCGUCACCAAGGCGCUCUCCAAGCCACGCAUCUACAUCCUGACUCAGGAGCGCGCGGUUGUGUGCCGGCCCAAGUGGUGUGGUGUGUGGGGCCGCGUGUGCAAGGUCUAUCUCCCGCGCGAGAUGCGGUUUGUCUCGGUCCGCUCGUACCGCGAUGGCCUGGGCUCGGUCUUUUUCACCACCGAGGACGGGCACGACGAUAGCCCCGAGGCCAUGGAACGCAUCACCGGCUUUGACAACAUCCGCCGCGCCGAAGAGGUCUAUCGCCUGCUCGCCACAUGGCGGGCUCAGCACCGGAGCGAGGCUCCACCGACCGUCGUCAACCGCUCGCCGCAGAAGAAGCCGAGCGUGGGCGAGCGGGUGCAGACGCUGAUCACCACCGUGCUCUUUGUCGGCUUCUUUGGCGCCUUUGCCGUCCUCUUCCUCACUGGCGACGAGAACGGCUCGUACCUGUGGUACAUUUGGGUCCUUGUCCCGUACGCCAUCAUCUGGCUCGUCUGCUUCAUCAUCUGGGCCCGCUACCGGCUCGCUCUCAAGCGGCGGCGAUCGCAAGGCUUUAUGAUUCUUGACACGGCCUUUUCGCCGGCAUUGAUGCCGGGCGCUCCCGCCGUCUUUACCAACGGCGGCUUUGGGCCGGCGUCGGUGUCUGAUGAUGAGUCGGCAACGCUGUCGUCGUCGAGCGUCUCGGUGCUCCAUGACGUCCACCUUGAGGUUAAGCCGGGCGGUGAGCCGACGUCUGCCGUCAAGGUGCCACCGGUCCCGGGCCCAGCCGGCCAGCCGCUCCCGCCGGUUCCGGCCGCGCGCUCGCGAUCGGGAACCCGCGACUCGACCUCGUCAUGCAGCUCGAACUCUUUGUAG